AGUGUGUUGGACCAUGAGCCAGUGGGAAGUGAAGGGUUGAUCCCAGCAGGAGGACACAGGGCGGGACUAUGUGGCCUGACUACAGGAGUGAAUGUCAUCUCAAUGCUCACCUGUACUCGCUCAUGUGCUGUGCAGACGAGCGGGACAGGGUGCAGAAGAAAACCUUCACAAAAUGGAUCAACAAGCAUCUCAUCAAGGUGAGGAAGCACAUCACAGACUUGUACGAGGACCUGAGGGAUGGACACAACCUUAUCUCCUUGCUGGAGGUCCUGUCGGGAGUCACCCUGCCCAGAGAAAAGGGGAGAAUGAGAUUUCAUCGACUACAGAAUGUCCAAAUAGCUCUGGACUUCCUCAAACAGAGACAGGUCAAACUUGUGAACAUCAGGAACGAUGACAUCACAGACGGGAACCCCAAACUGACGCUGGGCCUCAUCUGGACGAUCAUCCUUCACUUCCAGAUUUCAGAGAUCUAUGUGAGCGGCGAGUCGGGCGACCUCACAGCCAAAGAGAAGCUGUUACUAUGGAGCCAGCAGGCCACAGAAGGCUACCCCGGCCUCCGCUGUGUCAACUUCACCUCCUCCUGGAGGGACGGACGCCUGUUCAACGCUCUGCUGCACAGAUUCAGGCCCGACCUGAUCGACAUGGAGCUGGUGUCCCGACAGAGCAACUGUGAGAACCUGGAACAGGCCUUCGAGAUCGGAGAGUCGCUCGGGGUGACCAGGCUGCUGGACGUGGAGGAUGUUGAUGUUGCUUCUCCGGAUGAGAAGUCGGUCAUCACCUACGUCCAUUCCAUCUACGAUGCCUUCCCCAAGAUCCCUGAGGGAGGAGAGGGCAUCGCUGCACACGAGGUGGACCAGCGCUGGUCAGAAUACCAGUCCAGGUUCUCCUCUCUGCUCCAGUGGAGCCGCCAGCACACAGUCCUCAUGGCCAACAAGAAUUUCCCACAAAACCCAGUGGAGCUCAAGGCACUUUACAACGAGUACGUCCACUUCAAGGAGACGGAGAUCCCCACGAAGGAGGUGGAGAAAGGUCACAUCGAGCACCUCUACAAACUGCUGGAGGUGUGGAUGGAGUUCGGUCGUAUUAAGCUUCCUCACGGCCUCCACCCCAACGACCUGGAGGAGGAGUGGGGGAAACUCAUCCUGGAGAUGCUGGAAAGAGAGAAGGCCCUGCGGCCGGCUGUGGACAGGCUAGAGCUGCUGCUCCAGAGAGCCAACAAGAUCCAGAACAUGGCUCUGGACUGUGAGGAGAAACUCACACUCGCCAGAAACACACUCCAGGCUGACAUGUCCCGGGUGGAGAGCGGCGAGCUGGUGCAGUGUGAGAAGGAGCUGGCCUGUUACCUGCAGGACUGUGAGUCUCUGAUCAGACAACUCCACCAGGAGCUGAAACUCCUGCGGGAGGAGAAGUACUACCAGGUGGAGCAGCUGGUGUUCAGAGCGUCCUGCCUGCAGGAGGAGCUGGUCUCCCUCAGACUUCAGUGCUCCAGCGUCUACAGGAAAGGACAUUUCUCUCCGGCUCUGGGCGGCACCGGGGCCGAGCUCACCGGCCAGAGAGGAGACAGCGGCCUGUCACUGGGGCAGACGCUGCUGGGAGCUGUGGGAGCUGUGGGCGCCGUCGGAGCCGCGCUGCUGAGGCGACCCAUGGCCCGCUCGCAGCUGGUGGCCAUGUCUUCAUCAGAGGACGAGGGGAGCCUGAGGUUCAUCUACGAGCUGCUGGGCUGGGUGGAGGAGACGCAGGAUCUGCUGGAGCGAGCGGACUGGGGAGCAGAUCUGCCCUCGGUGGAAAACAACCUGCAGGAGCACAACGACAUCCACACUGCAGUGGAGGAGCUACUGAGCAGCCUGCAGGAGGCACGCAGCUACGAGGCAAAAGUUUCCCCCAACUUCAAAAGCAGCUACUCAGAAACCCUGGCCAAGCUGGAGCAUCAAUACUGCAAACUACUGGAACAUUCGUCAUGGCGCCUGCGGAGCUUGGAGAGCCUGCACGCGUUCGUAUCGCACUGCACGGAGGAGCUGAUCUGGCUCAACGAGAGGGAGGAGGAGGAAAUCGCCUUCGACUGGAGCGACAACAACAGCAACAUGAACGCCAAGAGAGAAUUAUACAGCGAAAUGAGGUCAGAGCUGGAUGAGAAGCGAGAGGUGAUGAGGUCACUGCAGGAAACGGCGAGUCGCCUCUGUCUGGAGAAUCAUCCGGCCAAGCAGACGGUGGAGGCGUACAGUGCCGCCCUGCAGACUCAGUGGCAGUGGGUGGACCAGCUCUGUGUUUGUGUAGAGCAGCAUCUCAAAGACAACACCUCGUACUUCCAGUUUGUGAGUGACGCUCGGGACUGUGAGUCGUACCUGCGUCAGCUGCAGGAAACCAUCAAGAGACAGUACACGUGUGACAGGAGCAGCAGACUCACCAAGCUGGAGGACCUGCUGCAGGACUCCAUGGAGGAGAAGGAGCAGCUGAUCGAGUACCGCAGCACCGUGGCGAGUCUGGUGGGCCGGGCCAAGACGCUGGUGCAGCUCCGCCCCCGCAGCGCCGAGAGCAACCUGGCGGCCACCACGCCCAUCAGAGCCGUGUGCGACUACAGACAGAUAGAGAUCACCAUCAGCCGAGGGGAGGAGUGCGUGCUGGAGGACAACUCCCAGAGGACCAAGUGGAAGGUCAUCAGUCCCACGGGCAACGAGGCCAUGGUCCCGUCGGUGUGCUUCACCGUCCCCCCCCCCAACCAGGAGGCCAUGGACACAGCCAGCAGGACGGAGCAGCUUUACCAGAAGGUGAUGUCUCUGUGGCACCAGCUGCACGUGAACAUGAAGAGCGUGGUGUCCUGGCACUACCUGCUGAAGGACGUCCGGACCGUCUCCACCUGGAACCUGGACACGGUUCGAUGUCAGUCUCCGUCGGAGCGGCAGCAGGUCCUCGACCACCUGGAGUCCCAGUUGGCCGACUUCCUGUCCGACAGCAAGGAGAGCGCUCUGUUCACGCCGGCUGAAAGACGGGAGCUGGAGAAGGACGUCCAGCAGGCGCAGCAGCACUGUGAGGACCUGCUGCUCAACAUGGAGACGGUUGAGAAGGACGAGUCCGUCUCUCGAUCGUACCUGUCCGAGCUGCAGGACAUCUCCCUGCGUCUGAAGGAGGCGGAGCAGAGGCUGAUGAGGGGGAUUCAGACUCCGCCUCCCAGCCGGCUGUCAGGAGACACCGCGGACAACACCGUGCAGAUCGCAGAGCAGGAGACGCUGCAGUCGGAGCUGGACGCUGUGCGCUCUGGUUUGGGGGACGUGUCCCGUCGCUGCGUCCGGUUCUUCGAGGAGAAGCCGACGUCCUCCAGCGUCCCCGUCCUCCGCUCCGAGCUCAACCAGGCCGUGGACAAGACGGACAAACUGCACAACCUCUCGUGUGUCUACCUGGAAAAGUUAAAGACCGUGGACGUCCUGAUUCGCAGCCUGGACGAAGUGGAGAGCCAGGUCAGGAGGUACGAGAGCCGACUGAGUGAAGAAGACAUCGUUCCUGCCGACACCGCGGCCAUUCAGAAGCUCAGAGAUCAACACGGGAAGUGGCAGGAGGAGCUGGGCGAGCAAGGGGACAUCUUCCUCUCUCUGGAGUCCGUUGUGCGUCGGGCCAAAGAGGCGGGGUCUCAGCUCAGCAAGCUCCACCCCGACCGCAGCCCUGAGCUGGCGCUGUACCAGGAGAGAGCCAAUCAGAUGACAGACAGGUGGAGCGGCGUUCAGAGACAGAUGGAGACACGACGAGCGGAUCUGGACGCUCUGGGCUCGGACCUGCACCAGUACCGAGCCGGUCACUCGGCUCUGAUCCGGUGGAUCGAAGAGACGACAAAGAGACAAGAAGACACACAACCUGGACAGAGCGACAGCAAAGCUCUGUCCGAGCAGCUGGCCCAGCAGACGGCAUUAGUAGCUGAGAUUGAACAGAACCAGACCAAACUAGAUGAGUGUCAGACUCACUCCAAACAGUACUGCACCUCGGUGAAGGACUAUGAGCUGCAGCUGAUGACGUACAGAGCUUUCGUAGAGUCGACACACAAGUCGCCCGUGAAGAGGAGGAGGAUGCAUUCUUCAUCUGACGCCAUCACUCAGGAGUUCAUGGAUUUAAGCACACGCUACACGGCCUUGGUCACCUUGACGACCCAACACGUGAAGUACAUCAGUGAUGCACUGAGACGACUAGAAGAAGAAGAGAAAGAGGUGGAGGAGGAGAAGCAGGCCCGGGUGGGACAGGUCUCAGAUCUGCUGGGCUGGGUCAAAGGUCUCCAGGGACGGACUGGAGGCCCCAACGCUGAGUCAUCACUCGCAGCUCAACAGUCCAUCAGUGAACAGCUGGCGGCCAAGAAGGACGAGGUGGCUGAAGCCAUCAGGAGCACGGAGGUCUUCCUCUUAUCAAAACAAGCCAGCAAGUUGUCCCCAGGGGAGCGCUCUCAGGUGGAGGCUCAGCUGGACCAGCUCAAGUCCACCUACAACCAGAUGUGUGACAGCUCCACCCAACAGCUGCAGCAGCUGGAGCAGCAACUGGCCAAAGAGGAGGAGAGAAAGAACCAAGUUGCCAUCGCUGGAGUGAUCGACCUGGGAACAGUGGAAACAUUCCCAGUGUUCCCAGCCUCUCAGCGUGGUCUCAUUGACCAGGACACCUGCCACGUGCUCCUGGAGGCCCAGCUCGUCCUGGGGGGGCUCGUCCAGCCCGACUCCCCCCGGAGUCUCACACUGGAACAAGGUCAAGCUCAAGGCCUCAUCGACGCCCGCACCAAGGAGUCGCUGUCUGAGCUGGAGAACGCCUUGAUUCUGGUGGGAAACACUGAAUCUGAAGCCGACCAGCGACCAGUUGCACUGCCGGUAGCUGCUGCGAUGGAGGUCGGGCUCAUCCAGGAGGAGGUGGGACUCCGCAUUCUGGAACUCCAGUUGAGCACCGGAGGCCUGAGAGUCUCCACAGGAAAACUGAUAACUCUGGAGCAAGCAGAGGACAUGAGACUUCUCACUCCCAGAACUGUCACCGAACUUCAGUCAAGGCUUCAGCACCGAGAGCUGAUCGAUCCAAACACGGCUGAACAGAUUCACCUGUGUGAUCUGCAGGAGCGCUGUGUGUUCGACGACGACUCCGGCCUCCUCCUCCUCCCGGUCAAACCACAGCCCGGAGGGACGGUCUGCCUCCGCUCCGGGAGGAAAGUCGGCAUCUUCCGUGCCGUCCAGGAAGGUCUGAUCGAUCCCAAAGUCACUGUUCGGCUGCUUGAGGCUCAGCUCUUUGCCGGCGGUGUAGCCGACCCACGCUCGGGCCAUCGACUGACCAUUAACGAGGCUGUUCGUCUCGGGCUGAUGGAUCAGGAUCUAGCCUGUGCAAUGUUAGCACGUCAGCUGCAAACUGGGGGAAUUAUAGAUCCUCUCAGCAAAGAACGCCUGGAUUUGGGAGAAGCUAUUCACCGAGACCUUCUCUCCUCUCGUUUGGCUCUGCUGGUCCUCGAGUCUCUUGGGGCUUUCAGGGGUCUACUGUGGCCUGAAUCUGGAGAACUUCUGCCCAUUGCUGAGGCUCUUCAACAAGGAGUGAUCUCAGAAGAACUAGCAAGAAAUAUCCUCGCACAGCGCCAUGCCAUUGGGGGUCUGUACAAACCUGAAGGUCUCCAGGUGUUGCCCUUAAACCAUCCUGCUUCGUCCCUUGAGCCCAGCGUCGUCGGUUUCCUCAAAGACACCCACAUCCCAGAUGUUCUUGUCAACAUGAAUCAGUCUGGCACACCAUCUCUGAACCGCUCGAGCUGGGGUUCCUCCACCAGUUCCUCUUCACCUCUAUCUUCUCCAGCUCCUGCAGACUUGUUGUGUGAUGCUUCACCAACAAGUGGAACGGAUCCUGAAGAACAAGCCAAACACAAGCUGCUGUUCCACCUCAUGACUCACAGCUAUGUGGAUGCUCAUUCUGGAAAACGACUGGUGCUGCUCGACCCUGAGCUGGUGGAGUUGGUCGAAGCUGCUCAACUGGUUCCUGGAGACUCUGCUUUUGUUAGUCAAGCUGAGACCGGAAGCACUUUUGGUCCAGAUAAGCAGGGGAAGUUGCAAAUGGUGAGAGUGGAAGUGAGUGGUACAAGUAGUCUAAAGGAAAGGUACGAUGGAGAAGUGUUGCAGAAACCAUCCUUGAUAAUGUUAGAGAGGGAUUUAACAACAAAAGAAGGAAUCAAGGUUGAUAAAAAUGCAAAAGUAAGAGCUAAGAAGAAAGAAAAGACCCACGUUCAAAGUUUAAUGGCUGUAGCUAAAAGCCCAGAGGAGCUGGUAGAUACCGAGUCCAAACCCAGAGAUAGGAUUAGUCUGGUAGAACCCAUCCCACUGGAAGCAGAAACAAGUGAAUACGCUCAUUUAAAACAAUCUGUAGGUGGGAAAGAUAUAAACCCUGUAGAAGAGACAGAUCCCAGGAGUGUUAAAGCUGAGGUUGUAGCUGCAGGGGAGAUGGAAGCAGAAAAUGCUGAGUUGUCAAGGUUGGUCCUGGAGCUGAAACAGGGUGGUGUGAUGACAGAAGAAGGGGAGAAGCUGCUUCCUGAUGAGGCAGUAGCCCAGGGCGUCCUCCCCGGCCACACUGCAGUUAAACUAAUGGCUCAGGCAGGUCUGUUCGGGGGUUUCCUAGAUGCCAGCAGUGGUGAGUCCCUGAGCAUGGAGGACGUCAUGCAGGAGGGUUUGCUAGAUGAAGAUCUGAUGUGGAGUGUCCUGCAGUCAGAUAAAACCCUGGCAGGGAUUGUGGACGCAGAGAAAGGGCAGAUCUGUGGUGUGAGGGACGCAGCUCGAGAAGGCUUGAUCGACCCCGACACUGCUGAUAGACUCCUGGAAGCCCAGGUGGCUUCUGGGGGAAUUGUAGACCUCCGCCGGGAUAAGAAAGUCUCUGUCACUCUGGCAGCAAACCUGGGACUGAUUGAGGAGGGUCAAAGAGAAGAGCUGGUGGCUCUAGAGAAGUCGUACAAAGGGAAAGACACAGAUUUAACAACCGCCCUCAGAAAAGCCAGUUUACAGCUACAGAUGGAAGGUGUCAUUGACCCAGAGUCGAAGUCUCCAGUUUCUCUGGAGCGAGCAAUUCAAAAAGGGUUGAUUAAGUCAGAAGAGGCUUAUCAUGUGUUGGCGAGGCAAGUGGCGGAGGGGGGUGUCAUCCACCAUGCUUCAGGUAUGAGGCUUUCUGUCUCUGAUGCUGUUGAUAGAGGAUUAGUGGAUCGGUCUAUUGCUCCUGGCCUGGAGGACCUGGAGUGGGUCUACCAGGGCAAGGUCAGCCCCUCAUCUCACCCAGAUGCUGUCGUCCUCCAGGCAUCGACAGGAGCUGUUUUAGACCCUGAAUCUGGACGUAGACUGACAUUGACGGAGGCUGUUUCUAAAGGUCUCCUGGAUGAGAACAUGGCCAGUGAAGCCAUGGCUUCUCCCACAGUGACACACGGAGCUCUGGAUCCUCAAACUGCUCGAAUUGUGCCUUACUCAGAACUUGUUAACCAGGGCAGGAUCGAUAUUGACACAGGCAAACGUUUCUUAGAGGUGAAGCCAUUCAGAGGGAUUCAGAACGAGCAAACCGGAGACAGUUUGACACUUUCUGAGGCAAUUCAGUCGAAGCAAGUUGACCCAGUUCCAGCGCUGAGGCUUCUCCAGAGCCAGGCCGACAGUGGAGGGAUAGUUGAUAUAAAGACCGGGGAAAGGCUCCCUCUCUCUGAAGCCUGUAAAAGAGGUCUAAUCGGAGAGGAUAUGGUCAAAGUAAUAGCCUCCAACCAAAUGUCUAAAGGAGGCUUAGUCGAUCCCUCUACUGGACAACGGGUUUCUAGUCUCUGUGACGCUGUUGCAGUCGGACUGAUCUCCAGCUACACGGCUGCUGAGAUUCAGAACAAAGUGGCUUCUGCAAAGAUUGAGGGUGAUGAAGGUAGUUCCACACCUGUGGCCUCAUUGAGCAGCACAUACAGCCCUGCUAUUAGGAUGUCAGUGUCGAGCAGUCCAGCAAACUGGUCAGAUGGGAACUCAGAGGAAGGUUCAGGAGUCACACAGGAAGGUGAAAAGAUGGUUGUGUCUUUAGUAUCAGACAAGUCACCGUACUACGACGUGGACGAGGACAAAGCAGAGGUGCCGAUGUCAACAGGAGAGUCUUCAAUGGAGUCCGACCAGUCCAUGGACCUCUUGUGUGAUUUUGCAGCUAAUGUUGAGAAAAGGAUUCAGCAGGCCAUCGGAGAGAUGGUACCACAGAGAGACAGAAUACAGAGGCGUCCUAAACAGGAGCCUGAUGAGAAAGUGCAGAUAAGUGAGGGUAAGGUAAGUGUCUGUGAUAUUGGCAAAGAUUCCCAGGAAGAGGUGAGAGAGGGAGCUGCCAUUUUGAAGUCAGACAGGGAACCUGUGUUAGUUGGGGAGAGAGAGAGUCGACCCAGUGAUGAGACGUCAGAGGUUCAUCGGGUUUCUGAAGUAAAACUGACAGGUCCUGUGGAAGCAGAGAUUAGAGAUAAGAAAGAAAGAAAAGACAAUACUGAGGUGUCUAAAAUGAAAGAGGAGGAAUAUAGAAAGAAUGAUGUGACGGAACAGAGGGAUGAUGGUAAAGUUGUGGAAGGAGAGAAACCUUUAAAGAGUGAGAUCAAUUCCGAGCAAUCAGGCCAGAUGGUGACGUCUCCAGUUAAAGAUACAGAAAGCAAAGGCAAGAAAAAGAGGAGGAAUAAAAACAAGGGAAAGGGUAAAGAAGCAGAAAGUGAAACACAACCUGCAGAGAUUAAACAGCGAUCAGACAUCGACCGAGCAGAGGAAGAAAUUAAAGGACGGCCUGAGGCUGCGGAUCCAGUCACAGAUUAUAUUCCAUCACCAGACAAAAGUGAGAAAUUGAAAAUUCAUGGUCGAGCAGCUUCCAUUAGAGAGCGUGAAGCCGAGACUGAUACGAAAAUUGAACAUGAAACUGAUUUGAUGAAACAGAGACAAGAACCAGUUCCAGUCACUGAUCAAAUUAUAGAGACAGAAAAGGGUGAAAAGAAAAUGAUGAUUUCUAAGGAUGUAGAAGAGUGUGAUAAGAGAGAGAAGAUGAAAAGAGAGCAGGAGAGAGAAGUCGGAGAGAAGGCAUCCGUCUCUCAGGAACCAGAACGAGAGAGAGCGAAGGAGAAAGAGCUGCCUCUGAAAUCGGCUUUACCGGAAAACGAGAAAGCCGCUUUGAUUCUGAAAGCCAAAGAGAGCAUCCUGAAAAAAGUGUUUGAAAAGGGAGUGAGUGAGAAACAGGCUGCUGAGGAGCUGCAGGCGCUGAGGAAAGAGGUGGAGAAGAAGGAGAUUCAAGACACGACUGCAACAGAAGUGAAGGCAACAACUCUGCCAGCUAAGAAAGGAUCAGAGAGUCAAGAUUUCGGAGAAGUCCAGAGGCUGAACGGUUCGUUAAAAGACAACGAGGAAGAGACGAGCGUCCGAGAAGACAAAUCGAAAGUGAUAAAGGUCAAAGAAGAUUUGUGUGUGGAGGAACUUUCCGCUAACGAGGGAAUGGAAACCAAACUGUUGGAGGCUCAGCCGCAAGAGAGAGGAAAGAUCAGUUCUGGAAAGGAAGACAUCGAGGUGUCAACGUUCGUGAAGCCUAAAGAAAUUCAGAAAAGCAAACGAAGCAAGAAGAACAAGAAGUUCAAGAGUUCAAAUGUGUCGGACAAAGCUGAGCCUGAUGCUGAGAAAGAGGAUUCUGAGGCGACUGCAACAAAAUCUACCAAACCAAAUGUAGAUGGCUCAGCUUUGACUAAGGAACCUUCAGCUGGUGAUACAACAAUCAAACCUGAGAUCUCUGGAAUCACUGAUAAAGAAGCUGAGACAAGUCAACACAGUUCACAUGAGUCUGAAGAACCCAGUUCUCACGUUGAGGAACACACACGAGCUGCAGAGGUCGCGUCUAUCGAGAAAGAACAAUCUCGUUCAGGAACCACAAGUGAAGGUAAAUCCAUCAAAGCUGUCGCAGGCGAACAAGACAAACAACCGACAGCUCAGCGUGUCGCACAAGUCAAAACAGCUGGAAAGGGCAAAAAGAAGAAAGUUGCUGUGGUCUUAAAAGAGCAAGAGCCACAUGUGGAGUCUCCAGAUUCUGCAGCUUUGCUCUCAGAGGAAACGUCAACAGAGUCUGAAUCAGCUGGAGUCACUGAGUCUGAUACAACCACUGAGAGCUGGGGAGAGGAAGAGGAGGAGGAGGAGGUCAGAGAGAGACGAAGGACCGAGUCAAACAGAGAGCGGACGCCAGUCACUGGCAAGUCAUCACUAAAGCGUCAGGAAUGUUUGGAGCAGGACCAGCGAAUCGUGGCCCUGGUCUCGAUGGUGCGACACGUGGAGGUCCGACUCAAACAGCAGCAUCAGCAGUCUGUGGGGCGGAGCCUCAUCGCUCUGGACGACACCAUCAGGCAGACGGAGACUCUGGACCUUGAGCUGCGCGACCUGGAGACGGAGGUCGCGAAGGAGGUGGAGGCGGCCGAGCUGCUGCUGGAGCCGCGACCUCAGGACGUUCCUCCGCAGCUGCUCCUGGCUCUGAAGAAGGACGGGCGCUGCCUGGCUCGAGGGUACGAGGCAGCUCGGUCGCUCUCUGGUGGCAUCUUGAAAAGCCUGCGAGACCACAGAGACUCUCACAAGGAGGCGGUGAACGCUGAGAAGAUGUCUCUCGGAGGACAAGUGGAGCGUCUGCUCUCCUGGUUGAAGGAGGCCGAGGCUCAGACGGACGGAGGAAUUGCAGGAAUGGAAAAAAUGGAGAAAUCAGAGAAGGAGGACAAUUGUGAUCAGCUCACACAGCAGCUGCAUCUUUGCAAGGAGCUGCAGUCCUCUCUGAUGUCUCGCUCCAACGAGGUCAACAACAUGGCCUUUGAGAUCCAGGUGUUCAUCUCGGAGCGAGCUCAGGACCUGGCGCCCGAGCAGAGCAGAGAGCUGCUGGGGAAGCUGCAGCAGCUCCAGAGCAGCUUCCACCGAGCGUCGGGCCGAGCUCAGGCCUGGGCCGACGCUCUGUCCGCCCAGAGAGAGAGGGAGGAGGAGUGGCAGCGCAGGAAGAGGGUGAAGGAAGAAGAGGAGGAGAGAGAGAGGCAGAGUGCAAGGGAGAGAGAGGUGGUCCAGCAGCAGAAAACCGAAUGCUCCCAGAAACUGGAAGGUCUCAGCAUGUGGUUGGCCGGAGCUGCCAGUUCGCUGGCCAGUCAGAACGCAGGGGCGGAGUCAGGUGACGUGAACGUGCUGCAGGAGAAGCAGAAAAAGCUAAAGGAAGUGCAGAAGGAUCUCCAGACGAGAGGAGAGGGCAUCGCUGAGGCAAUCCGCUCGGUGGAGGAUUUCCUGGCUGAACGCGGAGACACUCUGAAUCCAGAGGAGAGGCAGAACCUCCAGGGGGCGCUAACGAGAAUGAAAGAGCAGUACAGCGCCCUGAGGGACACGACCAACACGUCGGUGUCCGAGCUGGACACGGCCAUCAACACCACCGUCCAGCAGAACACACAACGGGCGAAGGCGGAGGAGGAGCUCCAGGAGACACGAGGUCAGAUCGACUCGCUGCUGAAAGACUUGUCAUCACUGAACCAACCGGGAAGAAGAGGAGCCGGGUCUGUGAUGAAUCAAAGUGUGGUCGAUGCACCGUUCUCACAGCCAGAGGGCGCUGUCCUGUCACACACUGAGAUGCUGCAGGCGGAGCUUCAGCAGCUUCAGUCCCAGCAGGCACAGCUGCUUCAGAUCACCCAGGCAACCCGGUCUCUUCUGGACCAGCCCGACUCGACGGUUCCUCCCGAGGAGAAGCAGCGUCUCCGAGCUGCCCUGGACCAGCUGCAGGCCCAGCACCAGGACAGCCUGCAGAGCUGCCAGGACCGUCUGAGGAAGUCUGAAUCUCUGAAGGACGAGUUCACGAAGUUCCUCCAAGAACAUGGAGGUCUUGGUGCCUGGUUGGAACAGAGCGAGCAAGAUCUCCGUUCCCUGGGGGAAGGAGAAACUGACGCACAGGGACUGAAGGCCAGGCUGGAGGAGCACAGAAAGCUUGCUGAGGAUGUGAUUUGCCACAAGGCGGAUCUGCGCUUCGUCUCCAUCUCGGGUCAGAAGGUUCUAGACUCUGUCCAAGGGGCUCUGGAGCAAGUUGGAGGUUCCGAUCCGGCUCUGGACAGCACCAAGCAGCUGGUGACCGACAAGCUGCACGAUGCUAACCACAGAUACACAACCCUACACACCAAGUCGUCAGAUCUUGGUGGUCGCUUGUCCGGCCUGUUGGAGAGAUACCAGCAGCACCAGGACGAGGUCGUCUCCCUCCACUCGUGGCUCAGCACUCAGGAACAGAACCAAAGCAUCGCCAAGCCGGGCGGAGACAAAGACCCUCAGAACCUGCAGAACACGCUGAGACAAGUACAGCUGCUGCAGGAUGAACUGGCCGAGCGCUCGGUGCAGCUGGAGAAGGUGAAGAGAGCCGGUCGAGAUCUGGUCAGCACAGAUGAAUCUCCCUCCCUGAAAGCCGUGGACAUCCUCUGUGCCGCAGAUGGUUUGGAGAAGAGGUUCGGCUCCCUCUCCUCUUCUGUCUCUGAACGGGCCAAGCAGCUUCAGACGGCCGUGGCCCAGUCCGUCAGCGUCCAGGAGGGUCUGAAGGCUCUGCUCAGCUGGCUGGACCAACUGGUCCUGAAGCCGGGACCAGUGGAGCCCACCGCACAGGCUCUGCAAGACGCCCUCACCCAAAACCAGAAACUGAGGCAGGAGCUGCUCUCCAGGCAGGGCAGCGUGGAGGCAACAAGAGACUCCAUUUCCAAACUGCUCCAGAGCUCCGACGCUUCCACGGCCUCAGGCCUCCAGGGAUCUCUGGACCAGCUGACUCAGCGCUACACCGCAGCACAGGCCAGCCAGGCGGAGAGGGAGUCCGAGCUCAAAGCGCUGCUGCCCCGGCUGGAGAGUUACGAGCGGCUGGGGACCGACCUCCACGUCUUCACCCAGACCCGCCUGAAGGCCCUGAGCCCCGUGGGCCAGCCCGACCGCAGCGUGGACGACUACAGGCAAACUGUGGAGGAGGUGAGGUCGGAGCUGGAGCAGGAAGCCGGGCAGCUGAAGUCCUUCUGCAGCCUCGGCUCCGAGCUCAGCCAGUCACACACUCUCAGCAACUCUCAGGGCUUAUUGGAUAACGUGAGGGGCGUGUCCGACGACUUCACACAUCUGGAAGCAAAUGUCAACGAAAGGUUCUCUGCGGUCCAGGCCUGUGAGCAGCAGCUGCUCAGCUUCCGUGGUCUCUCCAGCUCUCUGGUCCGGUGGCUCCAGACGGCUCAGGAGCAGCUUCCCCCCAAAGAGGCCAACCUCAACACCGAGGGUCUGCAGAAACGAGUGCAGCAGCUCAAGGACUUGUUGAACGACUGGGAGUCCCAGGGAUCCCGGGUCCAGGAGCUGAGUAAGACCGGCUCCGAGCUGGAGUCCCUCAUCAUCGACAUCACCGCUCCUCGGACCAAAAGUGGUGCCCCACACAUCAAUGGCUCAGCAGGUCCCAGCAGUGUCAAUGGCAUUCACACCUGCAAAGACCUGACGGAGCUGCAGGUGGCCGUGUCCGACGUGAACGGUCGAUACGAGUCGCUGGGCGGAGAGGUGAAAGAUCGUGUCAGUCGCCAGCAGGACUCGCUGGAGCUGAGGCAGAAGGCCAAGCAGGGCGCAGAGGAGCUGAAGAGCUGGCUGACCGACAAAGAGCAGAGUCUGAGACAGGGACAGGCCGCCUCCCCCUCCAAACCUGAGGCGGUGCGCGCCCAGGCCCAGGAGAACAAGGCUCUGCUCUCGGAGCUGGCCGAGCACUCUGGGACGGUGGAGGAGUUGAAGAGCUCACUGAGGAAGCUCAUCGCUGACAACCCUGACUCUCCUGAAGCUGACAGCUGGAGACAACAGCUGCAAGAGAUAGACUCCCGCUGGCAGACAACCAAUCAGAACGCAGCCCAGAGGCAGACGGAGCUGGAGACCUGUGCCGAUAGGCUGGGCAGCUUCGCCUCAGCAGCCAAUCAGCUGGGCCCGUGGCUGCGGGAGAAGGAGCUGAUGAUGAGCGUGUUGGGACCUUUGAGCAUCGACCCCAACAUGCUCACCACACAGAAACAACAAGUGCAGUUCAUGAUGCGUGAGUUUGACACCCGGCGGCCGCAGUUUGACCAGCUGACCCAGUCCGCCGAGGGGAUCCUCUCCCAGACCGGUGACUCCGCCCAGGACGCCAAGGACCUGGCGGAGGUGCGGGCGGAGCUGGGCUCUAUCUCGCAGCAGUGGGAAGACCUGACAGGCCGACUGACCCAGAGGUCCAGCCACAUCGACCAGGCCCAGGGAACCAGCGAGCGCUACCAGGCUCUGCUCAGGCAGCUCUCCUCCAGUGUCUCCGGUCUGGGCGAGAGGCUGGACGCCCAGGCCUCACUGAGCGCCCAGCCCGAGGCGCUGAAACGCCGCCUGCAGGAAACCGGAGAGAUCCGCUCGGAGCUGGAGCGACGGCGGACCGAGCUCGCCGAGGCCGAGAGGCUCUGCCACGAGCUGAGCGCCAUCGUAGCUGAACCGUACCUGAAGGAGGAGCUGAGCAAACGGCUGGAGAGCGUCAGCGCUCCACUGAGGAACCUGGAGGAGCGAGCAGCCGACGGCCUCUCUCAGCUGCAGGCGGCCCUCUCCUCCACGCAGCAGUUCCAGCAGAUGUUCGAGGAGCUGCGCUCGUGGCUCGACCAACAGGCCGAUCCCAGAGACUCCACCACGGACGCCCUGCCCUGCCAGCCCCCGGCCCUCCGCUCCCUGCUGGCUCAGACAGACGAGCUGCAGCGCGGCAUCGCCAGCCAGCGCGGCUCCUACGAGCUGCUUCAGGCCGAGGGGGCGUCGCUGCUCGCCACGCUCCCGGCGGGCGGAGACGAGCGCUCCAGCCUCCAGUCUCGCCUGGCGUCCCUGCGACAGGACUGGGAGGGGCUGAACCAGAGACUCUCUGAGCGUGAGAGCAGACUGAAGAACACGCUGAGCAAAGCGGAGACCUACCAGCAGCACAAGGCCGAGCUCAUCCCCUGGUUAUCAGACUGCGAAGAGAAAGACGGAGAGAUGCAGCCGGCGCUGGACUCGUCUGCCCUGGACGACGCCCUGCAGAGGACACGAGGUCUGACCCUUGACCUGGAGAGACGGCAGCCGCUGCUCGAGUCCUUCAACACCGCAGCCGACCAGCUGCUGGAGCAGUGCUGCAUCGGGGAGGAGGAGGUGCGAGAUGAGAAGGCCCAGCUGAACCGCCGGGUGGACGCACUGGGAGAGAGGCUCCACAGCCGCAGCUCCCAGCUGGAGGAGCUGGCCGGGCGGCUGAAGGAGUUUGAAGAGGGAAGACAGACUGUGGAGAGGAGGCUGGAGGCCGCCAAGCACCAGAUCGAAGUCCAGGAGGCUCUGGGUCCUCAGGCGUGCAGCGCCAAGAGCCUGGAGCGGUUGAGGAGUCAGCAGGAGAACCUGAGGUCCCUGCAGCCCCAGGUGGUCUACCUCCGAGACCUGGCCCAGGGGCUGGUGCAGGACGCUCCUCAGACACCAGGGGGCGGCACCGGGGGGGCCCAGAGGCUUCAGGAGCAGGCCCAAGACACAGAGAAGGAGUACGAUGACGUUACUGGCAAGAUCGAACACUGCUGCUCGUCCCUGGAGUCCCGCCUCCAGGGCGUCGGCGAGGUCCAGUCUCACGUGCGGGACGUGUUCUCGCGCCUCGCCGACCUGGACGAUGAGCUGGACUCCCUCAGUCCCGCUGGACGCGACGCCGACUCCCUGGCGUCUCAGGCCGACACUCUGAAGGGCUUCCUGUCCCGUCUGAGCGACCUGAGGACGGAGCUGGAGGGCCACGGGUCGGAGUGCACCACCAUGCUGCGGCGAGAAGGCUCCUCCCCCGACCUGCUGGCGCUCAGGAGGGAGACGGAGGCUCUGAGCCGCCAAGCCGGAAAGCUGAGCGAGCGCAGCCAGGCCCGGUUGGACCAGAUCGAGGACGCCGCGGCGAAGGUUCAGGACUUCUACCGACUGGUGGCGGAGCUGCAAGGGCUUCUGGGUAGAGCUGAGGAGGGGCUGGGCGCUCAGGGCCUGGUGGGCACCGAGGUGGAGAUGAUCAAACAGCAGCUGCAGGAGUUCAAGGCUGUGGAGAGAGAGCAGGUGGACAGCAUCCAACCCAAGCUGCAGCACGUCAACGCCGUGGGUCAGGGUCUGAUCCAGAGCGCCGCCAAGCACACGGACACGCAGGCGCUGGAGCACGACCUGGAGAGCACCAACCUGCGAUGGAACUCCUUCAACAAGAGGGUGGCCGAGCGGAUCGCCCAGCUGCAGGAGGCCCUGUUGCAUUGUGGGAAAUUCCAGGAUGCUCUGGAGCCUCUGCUGAGCUGGCUGAGCGACACAGAGGAGCUGGUGGCCAAUCAGAAGCCUCCGUCCGCAGAGUACCGAGUGGUCAAGGCCCAGAUCCAAGAACAGAAGCUGCUCCAGAGGCUGCUGGACGACCGGCGAGCGACGGUGGAGAUGAUCCGAGCCGAGGGCGAGAGGAUCGCCGCCACGGCCGAGUCUCAGGACCGAGAGAAGAUCCAGACUCAGCUGCACCAGCUGGCAGAGAGGUGGAGCGAGCUGCUGGACAAGGCCGGCGCCAGGCAGCGCCAGUUGGAGGAGCUGCAGGUUCUGGCUCUUCACUUCCACGAAGCCCUGGAGCCGAUGGGAGAAUGGCUGAGCGCCACCGAGAGACGCCUGAGCUCCGCCGAGCCCAUGGGAACCCAGACCGCCAAGAUCUCCCAGCAGAUCACCAAGCACAAGGCGAUCCAAGAGGACGUGUCCUCGAGAGAAUCCGAGGUCGACCGUCUCGAGUCCCUCAGCCAAUCGCUGACCCCGCUCAGCUGCGCGGCGGACCGUGAUUGGUUGAACGAGCGCGUGGGCGCGGUGAGGUCGGGUCACUCGGAGCUCACCGAUUGGUCCUCGAGGCGAGCCGGCCUAUUGGAGCAGGCGCUGGCCAACGCUCGGCUGUUUGGAGAGGACGAGGUGGAGGUGCUGAACUGGCUGGCGGAGGUUGCUCAGAGGCUCGGGCAGGUCUCCGUCCAGAACUACCAGCCUCAGCUGCUGGCCGAGCAGCACAAACACACUCUGUCUCUGAAUGAAGAGAUCGUGAGCAGGAAGAAGACCGUGGACCAGGCCAUCAAGAACGGACAAGCUCUGCUCAAGCAGACCACAGGUGAGGAGGUUCUCCUGAUCCAGGAGAAGCUGGACGGCAUCAAGUCUCGCUACGCUGAGAUGACGGCCGGCAGCAGCAAGGCGCUCCGCACCCUGGAGCAGGCGCUGCAGCUCGCCACGCGAUUCGCCAGCGCCCACGAGGACAUCAACCAGUGGCUGGACGGCGUGGAGGCGGAGCUCAACAACGUGGAGCCCGACGCCUCGCCAGCCUAUCAGGAGAGGCAGAAGGAGCUGAAGAAAGUGUCGGCGGAGAAGCGCCUGGUGCUGGACACGGUGAACGAGGUGGGCGGAGCUCUGCUGGACCUGGUGCCGUGGCGAGCCAGAGAAGGCCUGGACCGCCUGGUCGCCGACGGCAACCAGCGCUAUCGCCAGGCCGACGAAACCAUCACUCAGCGGGUGAAGCUGGUGCAAGCUGCCAUCCAGAGGUCUCAGCAGUACGAGGAGGCCGUGGACGCAGAGCGGGCCUGGGUCGGCGAGACCGAGCGUAAGCUGGCGUCUCUGGGGCCCUUGAGUCUGGAGCCGGACGUGACCGUGGCUCAGCUGCAGGUGCAGAGAGCCUUCAACAUCGACAUCAUCCGGCACAAAGACACCGUGGACCAGCUCCUCGGCACCAGGGAGGAGAUCCUGGAGACCUGCAGCGAGGCGCAGAAGGAGGCGCUCAUGGUUAAGACCGAUUCUCUGAGUUCUGGUUACGAAGCCGUGAGCCAGAAGCACGGCGAGCGCUUCUCGGCUCUGGAGCAGGCUCAGGUUCUGGUGGCUCGGUUCUGGGAAACCUACGAGGAGCUGGAGCCGUGGUUGGGCGAGACCGAGACCCUCAUCGGCCAGCUGCCCCCCCCAGCCAUCGACACGGACGCCCUGCGACUGCAGCAGGACCAGAUGAGACUCCUGAGGGAGUCGAUCGCCGAGCACAAGCCGCACAUCGACAAGCUGCUGAAGAUCGGACCCCAGCUGGCCCAGCUCAGCGUCCAGCAGGGGGCGACGGUGACGCAGCGCUACGCCAAGUCCGAGAAACGCUACCUGGCCAUCAAGGAGGAGGUCAAGGGUCGAGCCACAGCGCUGGACGAGGCCGUGUCCCAGUCUGCACAGUUUCACGACAAGAUGGACCCCCUGCUGGAGACCCUGGAGGGCGCGGUGCAGCGGCUGAGGUCGCCGCCCCCGGUGGCAGCGGAGGUGGACAAGAUCCGGGAGCAGCUGGCGGAGCACCGGGCUCAGGGCCUGGAGCUGGACAAGCUGCUGCCGAGCUUCUCCGCGCUCUGCGCCCGAGGAGAGGAGCUGAUUGGUCGAGCUGCCCGGGACGAUCCUGCUGCUCAGGCCGUUCGGUCCCGCCUCCUGCGCCUGCGCUCGCUGUGGGACGAGAUCCGGCAGCGUGCCGAGGAGAGGGAGGGGAAGCUGAACGACGUCCUGGACGUGGCCGGGAAGUUCUGGUCGGACGUGGCGGCGCUGCUCAGCACGCUGCGGGACUCCCAGGACAUCGUGAGGGAGCUGGAGGACCCGGGCGUGGACCCGUCGCUCAUCAAGCAGCAGAUCGAAGCUGCUGAGGCCAUCAAGGCAGAGACGGACGGCCUGAGGGAGGAGCUGGAGUUCGUCAGGACCCUCGGGGCCGACCUCAUCUUCGCCUGUGGAGAAACUGAGAAACCUGAAGUCAAGAAAACCAUCGAUGAGAUGAACGCUGCCUGGGAAGGUCUGGACCGGACCUGGAGGGAGAGGAUGGAGCGGCUGGACGAGGCCAUGACGGCGUCGGUGCAGUAUCAGGACGCGCUGCAGUCCAUGUUUGACUACCUGGACAACGCAGUGAUCAAGCUGUGCGACAUGUCGGCCGUGGGAACCGAGCAGGGAACCGUGAAGCAGCAGAUCGAAGAGCUCAAGAUUUACAAGGUGGAGGUUUACCAGCAGCAGAUCGACAUGGAGAAGUUGUGCCACCAGGGGGAGCUGAUGCUGAAGAAAGUGUCCGAUCAGACCGACAGGGACAUGAUCCAGGAGCCGCUCACCGAGCUGCGCCACCUGUGGGAGAACCUGGGAGAUAAGAUCAACCAGAGACAGCACAAGCUGGAGGCGGCCCUGCUGGCUCUGGGUCAGUUCCAGCACGCCCUGUCUGAGCUGCAGGGCUGGCUGAGCCACACCCACACCACGCUGGACGCACAGCGGCCAGUCAGCUCCGACCCCAAGGCCAUCGAGAUCGAGCUGGCCAAACACCACGUUCUGCGUAACGACGUCCUGUCCCAUCACGCCACGGUGGAGACGGUGACCGGAGCGGCCGCCGAGCUGCUGGAGUCGUCGCCCGGCGAUGAAGCCAGUCACCUGCGGGAUCAGCUGGAGCAGCUCAACCAGAGCUGGGAGAAGCUGCUGCUCCGGACACAGGAGCGGCAGAAGCUCCUGGAGGCCGCUCUGCACCAGGCUGAAGGUUUCCACGGCGAGCUGGAGGAGUUCCUGCAGUGGCUGAGGAGGACGGAGAGCCAGCUGUCUGCCGCCAAGCCGACCGGCGGCCUCCCGGAGACGGCCCGGGAGCAGCUCCAGCAGCACCUGGAGCUUCAGGCUCAGCUGGCUCCGCGAGGGGACCAGUACCAUCGCCUGCUGGACCAGGGAGAGUCCAUGCUGCUGGCCCGGGGGGGGGAGGAGGCAGCGCUCGGUACCACGCAGACCCAGCAGAACCUGGGCAUGCUGCAGAACAAGUGGGCCAGCCUCAACACCAAGAUGGAGGACCGCAAGGCGAAACUGGAGGAGGCUGUUUCCUUGGCGACGGGCUUCCAGACGUCUCUGCAGGACACCAUCAUCUGGCUGACCCAGGCCGAGCAGACCCUGAACAUGGCCCAGCCCCCGAGCCUCAUCCUGGACACGGUGCUGUUCCAGAUCGACGAGCACAAGGUGUUUGUGAACGAGGUGAACACCCACCGGGAGCAGGUCCUGGCUCUGGAGAAGGCCGGCUCUCAGCUUCGCUUUGCCAGCCUGAAGCAGGACGUGGUUCUCAUCAAGAACCUGCUGCUCAGCGUCCAGGCGCGCUGGGACAAGCUGGUGCAGAGGUCGCUGGACCGCGGCCGGCACCUGGAUGAGGCCCGCAAGCGAGCCAAACAGUUCCAUGAGGCGUGGAGGAAGCUGACCGACUGGCUGGAGGAAGCCGAGAAACGACUGGACUCGGAGCUGGAGAUCUCCAACGAGCCGGACAAGAUCAAAAUCCAACUCACCAAACACAAGGAGUUCCAGAAAGCUCUGGGCUCGAAGCAGCCGGUCUACGACACCACGGUGAGGUCCGGUCGGGCCAUGAGGGACAAGGCUCAGCUGCCGGCGGACUCCCAGAGACUGGACCACCUGGUGGGAGAAGUCCGGGACAAGUGGGACACGGUCUGUGGGAAGAGCGUGGAGAGGCAACACAAGCUGGAGGAGGCGCUGCUGUUCUCAGGCCAGUUCGCCGAGGCUCUCCAGGCUCUGGUGGACUGGUUGUACCGAGUGGAACCUCAGCUGGCUGAAGACCAGCCGGUCCACGGAGACCUGGAUCUGGUGUCCAACCUCAUGGACUCACAUAAGAGUUUCCAGAAGGAGCUGGGGAAGAGGACCGGCAGCAUCCAGGCCCUGAGGCGCUCGGCCCGGGAUCUGAUCGACACGGGUCGGGACGACACGGCCUGGGUCAAAGUUCAGCUGCAGGAGCUGAGCAACCGCUGGGACACGGUGUGCGCCCUGUCCGUCACCAAGCAGACCCGCCUCCAGCAGGGGCUCAAACAGGCGGAGGAGUUCCGGACGGCGGUGCAGGUUCUCCUGGAGUGGCUCUCGGAGGCGGAGCAGACGCUGCGUUUCCGCGGCGUCCUCCCGGAGGAGGCGGAGACUCUGCAGGCGUUGCUCCACACGCAUCGGGACUUCAUGGGCACCGUGGAGGAGAGGAGGGGGGGCGUCAACAAGGCCGCCGGCAUGGGAGAGUCCAUCCUGACUCUGUGUCACCCGGACUCCAUCACCACCAUCAAACACUGGAUCACCAUCAUCAGGGCGCGCUUCGAGGAGGUGCUGACGUGGGCGAAGCAGCACGAGCAGCGGCUGGAGACGGCUCUGAGCGAAGUGCUGAACAACGCCAACCUGCUGGAGGAGCUGCUGUCCUGGCUGCAGUGGGCCGAGACCACCUUGGUGCAGAGAGACGCCGACUCGCUGCCUCAGGACAUCACACAAGUCAAAUCCCUCAUCUCAGAGCAUCAGACCUUCAUGGAGGAGAUGACCAGGAAGCAGCCGGACGUGGACAAAGUGACCAAGACGUACAAGAGGAAACCAGCGGAGCCUCACAGCAGCCUGUCGGAGCGGAGAGGAGCUCGCAAACAGCAGCAGCAGCAGCAGCAGGCGGCCGUGCAGGUUCCAGGAGGAAACCCACGACUCAACCAGCUCUGUGCCCGGUGGCAGCAGGUCUGGCUGCUGGCGCUCGACCGCCAGCGCAAACUCAACGAUGCCCUGGACCGACUGGAGGAGCUCAAGGAGUUUGCCAACUUCGACUUUGACGUGUGGAGGAAGAAGUACAUGCGCUGGAUGAACCACAAGAAGUCCCGCGUCAUGGAUUUCUUCCGACGCAUCGACAAGGACCAGGAUGGAAAGAUCACGCGUCAGGAGUUCAUCGACGGGAUCCUGGCCUCCAAGUUUCCCACCAGCAGACUGGAGAUGACCGCGGUGGCCGACAUCUUUGACCGAGACGGAGACGGUUACAUCGACUACUACGAGUUUGUCGCGGCUCUUCAUCCCAACAAGGACGCGUACCGACCGACCACCGACGCCGACAAGAUCGAGGACGAGGUGACUCGUCAGGUGGCUCAGUGUAAAUGUGCCAAGAGGUUCCAGGUGGAGCAGAUCGGAGAAAACAAAUACCGGUUCUUCCUCGGAAACCAGUUCGGCGACUCUCAGCAGCUGCGUCUGGUUCGGAUCCUGCGCAGCACGGUGAUGGUGCGAGUCGGAGGCGGGUGGAUGGCUCUGGACGAGUUCCUGGUUAAAAAUGAUCCAUGCAGAGUGCAACAUCCAGGACUUAAGAUUCUCCGCUCCGACUCCAGUAGCUCCAUCUCAUCUCGUAUAGUGACAGUCACUCCCGGCUAUUUCUGCUGCCGAGCUCGUGGGCGAACCAACCUGGAGCUGAGGGAGAAGUUCAUCCUUCCUGAGGGAGCGUCCGUGGGCCUCGCCGCCUUCCGCUCCCGGGGACGCCGCUCGAAGCCGGGCUCCAGGAACGCCUCCCCCACUCGCUCCUCCUCCUCCGCCUCCCACAGCGGCGCCUCCCUCCCCUCGGCCCCCUCCACGCCGGCCACGCCCACAACCUCGGCCUCGUCCAGGUCCUCCCAUACUCACUCUCGUGACUAUGCUAAGCCCUGGCUGGCUCACAGUAAAACUCCAACGUCAACCAAGUGCCACUGCUGCCCAGAUCUGGGUCUGGGUCUCACCACGCCCGGGCACGAGGGGGCGGCGUCGGGAUCCAAACUGAAGCGUCCGACUUUCCACUCGAGCCGCGGGUCGUUGACCGGGGAGAACGGAGGAACGACACCGGGAAGCAAACCAACACGAACCGACCCGAAGCGAGGCGCCAGUGGUCCGACCAGCCGCGCCGGCAGCCGGGCGGGAAGCAGAGCGAGCAGCCGGCGUGGCAGCGACGCCUCGGACGCCUCGGAGCUCCAGGACGCUCGCUCCGUGGGCUCGGACACCUCCGACACGCCGCGGCGACCGGGCAGCGGCGCCAAACCCUCCAAGAUCCCGACCAUCUCCAAGAAGACGCCCAGCCCCAAGACCCUGGGCUCCGCAAAGAAAUAAGAGCCGGGACGAGAGAAACCGGAUCCCACCUCCGUCACGGAGGGUGGGCCGCUGUCAUCGGCCAUCUUGGGUUCACCCGCUGCUCCACCUCCACCCGUGGGACUUGUACUGAAUCUCUGCACUUUGACAUCAGGGGGAAGGAGGAGACGGAUGAGACGUUCUUCUCGUUCUUUCCCCGUUUCUAGAAAAAUGUCUGAAAAUAAGAACCAAGAGGAAAAAGGUUCUGGUCUGACGUCUCAGUCCAGAGUCUGUGGGGGGGGGGGCGAAGCCGACUCCUCCCCUUUAAGAAGCGACUCCAGUUUGCCUUCCAGUCUCCUGCUUCCUCUUCCACGAGUUCCCCCCCCCCGGCGUGGAACCGAACACCGGCUGAUGAGACGUGAUGCUGCCUUACUUUCACACAGAGAGUCUUCAAACUGCUUUACACCACACUGACACACAGACACGCACAUGGUAACUCAGAGGGCGGGGCCGGGGGCGGGGCUCACCACCGCCACCACCAGCGCCGCCACCGCCACGGCUACGAAAACAAAGAGGAGCUCGAAUGUCCUUCAGGAAAAAAAGAGAAGAAUUGUGGGUUAUUAUUUUGGCUUGUGGGCCAGAUGUCUCAACGAUGAGUUAAAAAAGAAAAUAUGCAACGGCCGCCCGGCGCUUCCUCUGGCGAGAGAAAGCGUCACCUCAGCAGAUGGGCGCCCGCCACAUGUGGCGAGCUCAGGAGGCGUGAAACACACACCGGCCGACCUCAGGCCCGGGGGGGCGGCGGCGGCGGCGGUGCUGCAGCCGAGGACAAACACUCGCACACUCACACACCGCAGAGCUGACUCCUCCCCACCGCUGGAACGCUAGGAUCCGACCCGUGUCGGGGGGCGUGGUCAGUCGCUCGCCAACGCAUCGAUCCGACGCAACAACGUGACAAACUGGCAAUAGAAGGACUGUUUCCAUGGAGACAAACUCAUCUCACAGCGCUGAGCACAUCAGUGUUAACCCGUGUUCACGGACUUCAACUACCAGCAUGCACUAGUCGUCUCUUCCUCUGCAGUUCUACCUUAAUGUCCACACUGCGUUGCCCUUAGCAACCCAGCAGCACACACACACACACACACGUUAAGGGAUGUGCGUCACGUGUGUCUUUGUUACGAGAGGUCGUUGACUUGUCACUGAAUGCAAACAUUUUAAUUUGCGAAUGUGGAUUUUUGCUUCUGUUUGUGUUUCUGGUUAAUUUAUAAUCCAGUUGUACUUUUUGUUUUUCUAGCUUGAAAGAAGAAUCUAUUUAUUUUUCAGUUUCAUGUCAUAUCGGCGUCGGCGGAGACGAAACGCGCCGGUGAAAGAGUUUAUGAUUUUUGUACCGAGGAACGUGUGUCGUGACUCCGCCCUCUGGUCCCUGACGCCUUGUUUGUUCUUUUUACUCGUUUCGCUAACGACGAUAAUUCCCAGAACUCGACCAAAGGGGUUUUCCCUUCAUGUGGAGACACGCCCACAGAUAUGAGUGACAGGAGUCCUGGGCCGAGCGGACCAAUGAGAGCGGGUCCUCCUCCCUCACGUCCCGCCCCCAGCGGCUCUUCUUCUUCUUCUAGGCUUUUUUCAAAUGUCCCGUGGCCAGCGGGUCGAGGAUGAAGAUUAGAAAAACUAAUGAAAUUACAGAAAGA